UUCAGGGGCCCAUGGAACACAAGCAUUGAAGCAAGAGGCCAGAGCUUCGGAUUGCUGAGGAGGGGCGCAGGAAGCUGGUUGUGAAGCUGGUCAGUUUGAUGCGAGAGAUCCUCAUCAGUUUCAAGCAAUCAGGAUUCAUUCUCUCCUGAAGAGCAAGCUGGCCGUUUGAUCGAAGCUGUACAGGAUUGCUUGACCUGCUGAGACUUUGGAGAGGAAGCGAAGCAUCACUGCAUUUGAAGCUCAACGCCUUCAUCUAUCACUUUCGAUAAGCCCCUUGUUAGAGGGGGUUUGAGGAAUCUGAUCUGCAGUACAGCUUGAUAGAAGGAAACCACCAACUGAAGGUGAAAAGCCUUUUUGGGAAGCUGGGGACAUGGCCAUGUCACAAGAAGGGAAGUUGGUGGCUAUGAUUGCUGAUGAGGAUACUAUCACUGGCUUCCUGCUCGCGGGCGUGGGGAAUGUAGAUCUGCGCAGAAAAACAAACUAUCUCGUCGUGGAUUCAAAAACGACGACAAAGCAGAUCGAGGAUACGUUCAAAGACUUCACGUCAAGGGACGACAUUGCGGUGGUUCUUAUUAGUCAAUAUAUCGCAAACAUGAUCCGUUAUGUGGUGGACAACUACCGAAACACCAUCCCGGCUAUCCUGGAGAUUCCAAGCAAAGACCACCCGUACGACCCAAACCAGGACUCCAUUCUAUCACGAGUCAAGCACAUGUUCUCUAGCGAUCCCGCGUCCGCAUCAAGAGGAUAAUGAAAAAGCGCCUCUGAACUCACAUUCUCUUGUACAUUUACCUUUCUUCCUCUUUAUGUUCCUGGAGUUUGAGGCUUUUAUCGCUUCAUUUCUCAGUAUCAUGCAGGGGAUAUCUUCAGAUCGGAUCACUGAGUCGGGCCUUGGAGCAGUGCAAAAAAACGGCCAGGUAACUCUAGCAUGCCUUCCUCAGACAACCUCAAUCUGGGUUGCCUGACUCAUUCUAGAGCUCAGGUCCUCCAGACGCAGGACGGUCCCGCGCAGCACUCUGUCCAGCUACAUCAUUGUGCCAUGGAGCACUGUUGGAUCAGUGCACUUCACAGAUCAAGAAAGAAGUGAGCAACCAUCAGAUGCCAGCGCGCUUGCAUGUUAGUACUCUCGAGUUUCUUAUCGGCCUCAGCCCAG